AUGAGUAAAGCACAAGCGCCUAUUCAACAGCAUCAUGUAAAGGGAUGUAUUAAAUUAUAUAAAGAAGAUUAUACCGUUAAACAUUGUAUGAAGCGUUUAUUUUCAUUACCAUUAUUACCACUAGAUACUAUUAAUGAAGUUUUUACGGAUACGCUUGAUAUGUUUCCAACCGACAGACGUUUACAAAAAUUUUGUGAUUAUAUUUGUUCAACAUACAUCGAUAAUGGCUGCAGAUAUUUAAGACAAUUUUGGAACCUUAAUAUACCGUGUCAUCCAAACAUUUAUCGAUGGAUUGAAUCGAUAGCGGAUGAAGACGGGGCAGUAACUUAUCACUAUAUGGACGAAAUAUCACAAUCAAAUUAA